GUAUGAUGAAUCAUCCACCCAUCCCUAUCGCGGAGCUGGCUGAACACACAGAGCUUCUCAAAGCCAACGACAACCUGAAGCUCUCCCAGGAGUAUGAGGUGAGUGUGCUGGGGUCAGGGGGUAAGGGUUAAAGCUGGGUCUCUGGUGAGGUAUAAUGGUGUAGGGGGAAGUUGCCUCUAGACGCUGAUCUUGGGUCAGUUUUGUAUUUUCCCCACUAAUGGUUAAGGUUAGGGUUCGGGGAAGGGAAGCUAAUUCUUGAUCUGUACCUAGGAGAAACUUCACCCCUGAGCGAGGUGGAAUGAGAUUACUGGGAUUCCAAGGUUUUAGUGAAUUAACUGUAUGUCGAAGGUUUUAGUGAAUUAACUGUAUGUCCAUCAGCCAUUAGUUGGCUGGUGGCAUUGUAGUGGCAUGUUAUCUAGUCAAAGUUGGCGAUAUAAUCAAAGUUGGCGUUGUAAUAUAAAUCAAAGUUCCAUCACAUCCUCUUCAACUGGGCCCAAUAUAAUGAAACAACACAUUCUAUACUUUAACGUUGGGUUUCCAGGCAACCCUUCCCCCAAUGCAAUUUCAUAAUCACACCAAAAAUCACUGAGCACUUAAUCCGUCACAAUGCGCCCAGUCCCACACCAGUCAACGGAUGGUCUGUCAGCCACCCUUAAGAUUCUAAGCUGCAGCAUGGUGGAUCCACACACACACACACAUACACUGGCAUCGGGCGAGCAUGAAGCCGAGCUGUCGAAGCCCUGAGUGCAGCCAGGGAGGUUAUAAAUGAACCUGCCGCUGAUUAGAAAUCAGGAUCGCUGAAUCAGCCCUUGUUUGCAUACAGAAAUAUCCUCCCUCAGAGCAUCAGAGCUGCACCAGGGACAGUUGUGGGUACUGUAGUACUGGGUGCCAACAGGAGAACUACAGUUAAACCAGUGGUGGAUGGUGGUGGAUGUUGGGAUAAUGACUGCUUGCGGCCAUACAGUACAUCUUCUUCUAAUCUAUUAUUUAUAAAUCUAUGUUGGACCGUGUACCAAAUCGACUUCCCUUCACACUGGCGAGGCAGAGAAGGACAAGGGUAUCGAGUCGUCGGUGAGGGUUUGGGAAAAGUGACUUGUUGACACUUCGGAACACUUUGGUACAACGCAAAGUUCUUAAUUACUUGGCUCCAAAAGGAAUGUUACUUACGGUGCACUCCUCUCUCUCUCUCCGUCUCGCUCCCCCUCUACCCUCUCCAUUCGCUCCCGCAGAAAAAUAAAUGACCAAAUUAAAUGGAGAAGUGUAAUUUUCAUUUUGUUAUUUUCUUGAUGAAUGGCUGCUCAUCUGGGCGCCUUGGCUUGCCAAGCCCGGACUCUUCGGGCUCUGAGUGAUUGGUUUUUCUAGCGGGGCGGGAUGGAGGGGGGAGGAGAGGAGGAGGGAGGGAAGGAAGCGUAGAGAGGAGAGGGGUAGGAAGGGGAGCUCGGUUAAUGAUCAGGGCUGCAGUACAGGAGCUGGAGGGAGAGGGGCGGCAUAUUUUCGGAGAAUGAACAUAGCAGGGGUAGCUGGUGGAGGUUCGGAAACAGGGAAGGGGAGGAGACUUGUUCAAAGGGUCCAUCAUCGCCUAAAGCUAUGGAAUGUACUGAGGAGGUGGAGUAACUAAUUAUUCAGGUGUCAGCACCAACAUGCCCCAUCCCAGAAAGGCCCGUCCCCUUUUGAUGGGAGCUCUCACUCAUACUCAUCGCCUUGGCAACACCUUUUUGUCAGGAUAGGGGAAGUGGAGGAGGGAGGGGAGUGUUAAAGUAGAAACCACACUCACCCUAUUAUACAAACACACACACACACACGUCUUCAAGAGAGCGCUACUACAAACAAAAUAAUCCCAGUCAGCCUCAGGGGAGACCAGACAGAGAAAAAGAGAAAGAGAAGGGCGGGAGCAGAGAGAGAGACAGAGACAGUGACAAUGUGAGCAGGUUCUCCUCGUGCCGAGCUGGCUGCCUGUUAUUUCACUGUGAUGAUUGUGGGUAAACUGUUACAUCAGGCUCCUAUUUGGACUUUAUUUAGCCCCAAUCUCUGUUCCCUGCGCCAGGCCCUAACCAAAAACAUCCUUCAAGCUAGCGCCAGGGCCCGCGAGCGAGCGCCGAAUCAUAAUGGAAUACUAAAUUACCCUGACAAGGGAAUAGAAUAUUUAUCCGGAAAUCUCGUAUUCCAAGCGCGGGCAGCAUUUGUCUUGCCAGCAGUGUCGAGGCCCAGCAACCUGGUUGAUUCCCCCUCUUUCUCCCUAAUAGAAGUGCUGCCACCUUCUCAAUAUUUGUAUUGCCAUUAUGCACUGUCAACAUUAAAGAUCUUGAUAAAGCCACCUGCGCAGGCGUUUAUAUAAUGUAAUAAUAUGCCAUUUAGCAGAUGCUUUUAUCCAAAGCGACUUACAGUCAUGCGUGCAUACAUUUUUUUGUGUAUGGGUGGUCCCGGGGAUCGAACCAACUACCUUGGCGUUACAAGCGCCGUGCUCUACCUGCUGAGCUACAGAGCUACUUAUAUUUGAAGUGGGCACCGAGCAGCUGCCAAUGAGGCUGUUGUUCCCUUGUUGAGUUUUCUCUCUUUCUCUCUCUCUCUCUGUAUUGUUGUGUUCCUUUCUGUGCCUUCCCUCUCUAUAUCUUUCUUUCGUCCUCUUUCUGAGGGUGUCAUAUUGUGUGUGUAUGUUUGUGUGUGUGUGUGUGCGUGCGUGUGUGUGCGUAUGUGUUCUAUCUUUUCCCACAGUCCAUCGAUCCGGGCCAGCAGUUCACAUGGGAACACUCCAACCUGGAGGUGAACAAGCCCAAAAACCGCUAUGCCAAUGUCAUCGCCUAUGACCACUCCCGCGUCAUCCUUGCACCCAUCGAAGGUAAGACUAGACACUUUUUGGGACUUUUUACCCCACCAAUUGCAACUUCAAUGCUCUGUGUUGGUCUAUUAUGUCCUGCAGACCAAGGUUUGAGGUAGACUGACGGCCCAAUACUCUUUUGUCUCAUCUUAUUUGAUCUUAUGAAAUGACCAUUUGUGCAUAGUUGAGAAACAAAGUAGUCUUUAGGACAUUGUCAGAUGAGCUCACGCUUCAACAGUGAAAGUCAUAGCCAGGUGAACUCUUCACCCUUCAAUCCUGCUGGGCUCUCAACCUCUCUCGACCUUUUUCUGCGACUUAUCCAUUUCGACUUGAUUUUGACAGUUUGCAAUAGGCCCAAUUUAAGAGUGCGACAGCACGCAUAACAAAAUCAUCCCUGGCAAAGCGUCCAUAAAUACAUAAAUUAAUCAAGUCUGAAAUUUCCAUUUUACAGUGCAGUGAUUUUGCCAUUAGUCACAGCAGUAGAACAAUUCAUGUAUGCAGCCAUUCGCUGUUCACUUAGCUAUGACUAACGCCAAUGCACCACAAUCACAUUGUGCGACGUGGAAUUCUUUUUAAUGACGUUUGCCUUUUCUCUUUCUCUCUCUCUCUCUGUCUCCCCCCCACGGUUGUUGCCGCGCUCUUUGUCGUAUCUCCCUACUCUUAAAUUAGCCCAGUCGAGUGUUUCAUUGUUUGUUGCUUGAGUGCGAAAACGUCAAUUAAGGAACAUGACUUUUCGAGCGCCAUUGCAGUCUGUUGAAGCGUUUUAGAGUUUAAGAGUUAUUACUAGUAUGUUAUAAGUCUGAUAAAGGAAGGCGUGUGACAUUCAAGCAUCUUUUAUUAGUUGAUAAAAGAGUAGACUCUAGUCUAGAUAAAAGUAAAUACAAUUAGUAGACUCAUUGAGGUUACAGAUUGCCUGGUUGAAGAUAGAUACAUUGGUCGGAGGAUACUACGUUGGAGACUAUAAGGAUGCUAUUCUCAGAGCUCCCAUUUAUUAUAUACGCUAUAUAUGGCUAUUUUUGACAGAGAGGAAAGAUGAGCUACAUUUGACUCUCUCACUCUCACACACCCACACACUUACACACUCCCACACACCCACACACUUACACACUCCCACACACACAAAGAUAGACCUACACUACAUUACCAAAGGUAUGUGGACACCUGCUUGUCGAACAUCUCAUUCCAAAAUCAUUAAUAUGGAGUUGGUCCCCCCUUUGCUGCUAUAACAGCCUCCACUCUUCUGGGAAGGCUUUCCACUAGAUGUUGGAACAUUGCUGCAGGGACUUGCUUCCAAUCAGCCACAAGAGCAUUAGUGAGGUCGGAAAAUGAUGUUGGGCGAUUAGGCCUGGCUCGCAGUCAGCGUUCCAUUUCAUCCCAAAGGUGUUCGAUGGGGUUGAGGUCAGGGCUCUGUGCAGGCCAGUCAGACAAACCAUUUCUGUAUGGAGCUCGCAUUGUGCAUGGGGGCAUUGUCAUGCUGAAACAGGAAAGGGCCUUCCCCAAACUGUUGCCACAAAGUUGGAAGCACAGAAUCGUCUAAAAUGUAAUUGUAUGCUGUAGCGUUAAGAUUUCACUUCACUGGAACUAAGGGGCCUAGCCCGAACCAUGAAAAACAGCCCCAGACCAUUAUUCCUCAUCCACCAAACUUUACAGUUGGCACUAUGCAUUCGGGCAGGUAGCAUUCUCCUGGCAUCCGCCAAACCCAGAUUCGUCCGUCGGACUGCCAGAUGGUGAAACAUGAUUCAUCACUCCAGAGAACGUGUUUCCACUGCUCUAGAGUCCAAUGGCACAGAGCUUUACACCACUCCUGCCGACGCUUGGCAUUGCGCAUGGUGAUCUUAGGUUUGUAUGCGGCUGCUCGGCCAUGGAAACUCAUUUCAUGAAGCUCCCGGCAAACAGUUCUUGUGCUGAGGCAGUUUGGAAUUCGGUAGUGAGUGUUGCAACCGAGGACAGACGAUUUUUACACACUACAGACUUCAGCACUCUGCGGUCCCGUUCUGUGAGCUUGUGUGGCCUACCACUUCGUGGUUGAGCCAUUGUUGCUCCUAGACAUUUCCACUUCACAAUAACAGCACUUACAGUUGACCGGGGCAACUCUAGCAGGGCAAAAUUUGUACGAACUGACACGGCGGAAAGGUGGCAUCCUAUGACUGUGCCACGUUGAAAGUCACUGAGUUCUUCAGUAAGGCCAUUCUACAGCCAAUGUUUGUCUAUGGAGAUUGCAUGGCUGUGUGCUCGAUUUCAUACACAUGUCAUCGACACACAAUCAGACACACCGCAGGGCUUAUUCUUACUCAAACACUCGCCCAGCCUGCGUACGGGAGGGCUAUUUUAGCUGAGAUUUAGUGUGGCCUGUGUGUGUGACAGGCCGUGGUGGCGGUUGUAGAGCGAUGGCGGAGAGAGGACCGCUCUGAGCACUGAUUUACUCCCCAGGCCCCACGCUCCUUACUGCACACUCAAGCAUCAACACUAAAUCACAACCACAACACCAGGCUAGAGAAAUAAAUAAAUCAAACGUAAAGAAAGAGAGAAAGAGAGGGAGGGAGAAGACAAGAGGGAAAUAAAAAAAAUUGAGAGGCAGAAAGAAAGGUGGAAAGCGAGAGCACACAGUGACCUAAGAACACAGUAAUAAGAGCAAUAAGAACACAGCGAAGUCUGAAAAUUGCCUGAGCCAUUAAAGUUGGCCACUUGGCCUAUUAACAACCAACCAUUCUAGAGAUUGUCCCUUCUUCAACUCAAUUACUCUCUUCUCUCCAUUUCCAGGUAUCAUAGGCAGCGACUAUAUCAACGCCAACUACAUAGACGGUUACAGGAAGCAGAAUGCCUACAUCGCAACGCAGGGUCCUUUGCCCGAGACGUUUGGAGAUUUCUGGAGGAUGGUGUGGGAACAGAGGGCAGCCACUGUGGUCAUGAUGACCAGACUGGAAGAGAAAUCACGGGUAAGUAACUAUAGAAUUGAAUCUGGUGUUCCCCCUGGAUCAGUGUUAGGCUUGUUUUCUGACCAAAACAGACUUUACAGAAAAACUAUUUCGAAAUUCUGCAGUGUAACUGAGGAAAGUAUAAGAGUCACUUUAAAGUGCACAGGGACAGAAUCAUUUCUGGUUAGUGCAAUGUUGUUGUCUGUAUGCAAGCCAUAAUCAGCCUAGGCAUUGUGAAUGGCCCUACAACAAUACGAAGAAUGCCAAGGAAUCCACCUUAGAAACCAACCCUACAACCCCUCUACACCCGAAAAGGGGUUUCUUUACCUCAGGUAUCUUACCUCAUUCUCUGUUAUCCCUCUCCAUCUCUGCCCUUUUUAUUCAUUUACCUAUCCCUCCGUCAUGUGCGUUCUGCCCCUGUCAGAUACCAUCAGGGUUAGCAGGCGGUGAGCGUUGACUGUGAACGUAAGGAGAGCGUUAGAGCGAUGCGUUUCCUGCACUAGCUGUCACAUCGCAUCGGGGGGGAGGGGUUGGCGCGUAUUGAAUGAAUAUUCAUUAGGUUAGGAAGGAAAGGAUGGAUAGGGUGACUGAGUGUUGGGGUGGAGGAGGGGGAGUGGUGGGGGAGCUGUCUUGGACACACUGUGUGGAUCUCUGCUGAAAGGGAAACAUACCCAUCCUUGAUUGAUUGGUGGUUGUUGCUAGGGGGAGGCAGGGGGACGGGUGGAUGGAGGGAUGGGGAGGGGUUUAAUGAUUGUAGGUGAAGCCUACAGGGCAGGAGUUGAUUUGACACUUCUUCUUUCCUUUCAUUCCCCCGUUCUCUCUGUUUAUUUACCUGGAGUGUAGAAAAUGUGAAGGCAGCCAAGGGCCCGGUUUCCCAAAAGCAUCUUAAGGCUAAGUUCAUCGUAAGAACGUUCGUAGGAGCAUCGUUAAAUCUCCGAGCUGUUUCUCAAAACCAUCAUUACUAAAGUUGCACUUGAAAACGCUUGUUAUUUACUGAAUGCCUCAGACCAUUCUUAGAACAGUAAAUGUGUUGUUAGAUUAUUUUUUUGCCCUUCCGAGUCACUUCACACAUAGAAGAUCUCUGCUAAACAUAGAAUCAAGAUGUUUAUCUGUCUCUCUGUGACCGCCAAUAACUUCAGAACGAAGUUGACUACGAAUAAAAAGUUGCCAAUGUCUUUGCAAUUGUUACAAACAAGCGAAAACCAAGAUGACUGAAUGAAGAUGAAUACAGUAUAGGCUACAUAGGCCUAUGUAUUCCAAUCAUAUUGAAAUCAAUUUAAUGUUCGUUCAAUUGAGUUCUAUUUUGUUAAUUGUAGGCGACUGUCUGUCAUUUUUGCCACUGAGUAUACAAAACAUUAAAAACACCUGCUCUUUUCAUGACUGGUGAAGCCAGGUGAAAGCUAUGAUCCCUUAUUGAUGUCACUUGUUAAAUCCACUUCAAUCAGUGUAGAUGAAGGUGAGGAGACAGGUUGAAGAAAGAUUUUUAAGCCUGGAGACAAUUGAGACAUGGAUUGUGUAUGUGUGCCAUUCAGAGGGUGAAUGGGCAAGAUAAAAAAUGCCUUUGAACGGGGUAUGGUAGUAGGUGCCAGGUGGUUUGUGUCAAGAACUGCAACGCUGCUGGGUUUUUCACACUCAACAGUUUCCCGUGUGUAUCAAGAAUGGUCCACCACCCAAAGGACAUCCAGCCAAAUUGACACAACUGUGGGAAUUAUUGGAGUCAACAUGGGCCAGCAUCCUUGUGGAAUGCUUUCGACAACUUGUAGAUUCCUUUCCCCGUCGAAUUGACGCUGUUCUCAAUAUUAGGAAGGUGUUCCUAAUGUUUGGUAUACUCAGUAUAUUUUGUGAUGUGUAACAACAUGUGCGCAAUGAUGUACCAAAUAUACAAUAGUCUAUUAUUAUAGGGUAAGCAUUAGAAUAAGACACCUCAAUAUUUGCAGCCAUGUAGGUGAUAGCCUAUCUCUAGGAGCUGAUCUGUCGUCAGUAGUGUGGAAUAAUUAUAAUGUUAAGGUAAGAUGUGAAUGGAGAAAGAUGAUCCGAGAGCAGUGCUGCCUUUCUUUCGAUCCUAUUUGUAUCGACACAAGCUCCGACUACGAACUUAUAGAAAGUUCUCCCUAUUUGGUGUUUGGGAAGCGCAUGUGAGUUCUUCUGCCUUUAUAGGAAUGAUGCAUCGUUAAAACACUCGUAAGCUUAAGUUCCAUCGCUAUCGGGAAACCGGGCGCUGGUGUGUUCUGUGAGCGUGUGUGCGUGCGUGUUUGCGUUUAUUUGUGUGUGUGUAUAUGUGUGAAUGAAUGCCGUAGUUUGCCUUUGUUGUGUGUUUAGGUGUGUGUGUGCACUCACCCACCUCGUCUCCUCUCUCCUCAGAUCAAGUGUGACCAGUACUGGCCCAGUCGAGGAACAGAGACCUAUGGGAUGACCCAGGUGACUCUACUGGACACCAUAGAGCUGGCCACCUUCUGCGUCCGCACCUUCUCCCUGCACAAGGUACGAGUGAGUACACAACUUUACUCCACCCAUACUGCAUAAACACUCAUUUCACACUAUGUUGUGCCUUAAGUCACACUGUAGUGUACGAGUGAGUACACAGCUUUACUCCACCCAUACUGAAACUAAUUUCACACGAUGUUGUGCUGCAAGUCACACUGUAGAGUACUGUACACACGGGCAAAACAUAAUUCACUACACUACACACUUCAAACUGCACUACUGCAUUGAAUCACACUCCCUACUACUAUUCUACACUCCACUCCUAAGUAUCCACAUUGCACACUAUACCACUCCAGUCCAGACUGUCAUCUGUUAUAUUCCUACUACUCCCUAGGCCCCCUAUAGAACUGAAAAUAUCAGGCAGUAGUUUAAAGCAAUAUAGCCUUCUGGUAGGCUUGGUGGAACACUCCCCAUGUUUCUUUCAUCCGUGUCAUUGUUUCAGUGGAGGCUUUGUUUGUGUGUUUUGUGAGGCCAUCUGAGGAGAAGCCAAUGUGGAAAUAAUGUGAGGAGAGGAAUAAGAAAUGUCAGGAAUGCGAUAUGAGCUGUAAUAUGCUGCUGUAUGCAGAGUCUUGCCUGGUGGGCCCUGGGGAGAGCAAGCCUUUCAGGAGCCUGUCUGUCUGUCUCCUUGUAUUGUAUUGGCUUUCCUAGUCAAACUCACAAACAGCGUAUUUCUCGUAGCCAGCACUCAACACAACAUCCUCCUCCUGCAUCCAACAAGCAAAUAAACAACAGAAUGGUGAGGAAUAGGUGAAGGAUGGAAAGGAGAGGGAAAUUGUUUACUUGGGUCGUCUCUCUCUUUAUCUCUUUCUCAAUCUCUCUCUCUCUCUCGCUCUCUCUACCCCUAUCUCAUUUAAGCGUCUCUCUCUUUCUCUCUCUCUCUCUUUCCUCUCCCUCUCUGCAUCCACUUUUCCCUCUCACUCCCUCUCUCUCCUUCUCCCUUUAAACUAUUUACAUUCUCUCCUUCUUCCCAGACCUCUCCCUUCUUCCUCUCUUGUUCACUGUCCAUCAUCUUUUAAUGUUGGUCUGCCAAAUAGAAGCACUUAGCUAAGUGAGUGGAAGAAAAUGCUACAUGCAUAAUUGGCAGACUUUUCAUAUCCCACCCACCACCGACUCUUGGCGGUCAACAUAAAAGUGUAUAGCUAAAAAAGGAAAUGUCUCUUUAAAAGAUACGACUGCAUUAAGUGGGCCCUUUAAGACGUCUGUGGCGGUAUGUUUUGGUUCUGUUAAAUGGAGCACAGUGCUAACGCUAAACUCUAAUGCUAUGCUAACAGGCUGCUGUGUACUGGAGCUAGGGGGAGCUAGCUAGCUAGCUAGCUGGUAAUACAGGUGCUUUUGGGCUGGUUAGGUUCAGUGCUACGUGGCUAACACUAUGCUAACGGGUUCUGUUGCUUUAUACUGGAGCUAAGUAGAGGAGCUAGGCUAGGCUAGCUAGUAGCACUGGUGCUUUUGGGCUGGUUAGAAUUUUUGGGCUUGUUGGUGUACACAUCUGUUAGUUUACAGCAUCCUGUUGACCCGUCCCUCUUGAUCCCUCUGUGCUCUCUAUACUCCACUCCCCCCCCCUCUCCCCCCCUUUUGCUCCCCCCCCCCCCUUUUUUUUCUUCCCUCUAUUCUUUCCACACGCUGCUAUUCCAUCUCUCUCUUAACCUCCCUCUAUCCCUCACACAUCUCUCCAUGUUCUCUCUUCUUCCCCAGCUGUCUCGUAUCCCCCCACCUCUCUCUGUCUCUCUCUUCUUCUGGUCUCUUCUAUUCUCUCUCUCUCUCUCUCUCCUCUCUCUCACUCUUCUCUCUCCUCUCUCUCUCUCUCUCUCUCUCUCUCUCUCUCUCUCUCUCUCUCUCGUCUCUCUCUCUCUCCUCUUUUCUCUCUCUCUCUAUCUUCCCUCUCUCUCUCUCCCAGCAUUCCCUCUCUUACUUUCUCUUCUUAUUUCUGGUAUGGUGUCUCAUUGUUCUGUUCUCCGGUUGCCGUAGUUGCUUUGUAGAGAGUCUGUAACACACACACACACAGGCAUCUAUAUGUAUGCAUAUUCUGCAGUGACACAGAACCCUCCCGACGAGUGAUAAAUUCUUUAAAAUAAUCUGGGCGCCAGCCAGCUAGUUAUCCCUCCCUGCAAAGAAAGAAGCACAUCCACAGCAGAAAACACAAAACCAGUGGAAUGGCCCAGGAAAUAAAUAGACAAAAAAUAGACAAAUCCCCGCAAACUAGGUCAGUUUGCUUUUAAUUACUGCAUUUAUUUAUUCAUUUAUUCAGCAGAAAAGUCUGUGAGGAAAGCAGAAAACGCUGCAUUGAAAUGCAAACGAUUGCUUUAAAGAGCUUCCAGGAAAAAAGGAAAAGGGAAAACUAGAGGGCAGGGCAAUGCGAGGUGUUUUUUCUCAUUUUGUUUUAGUUUUUUUGCCGUCACAUUUUUUUUCUCUCCUGUGUUAGACAGCUUUCCAAUGCGUAAUUAUUAUCGCUCUCUUUAUGUCUCUGUUUAUUGUGGUUGGCACACAGACAGGGGAACAGAUUUUGCGGUAUAAAGAUGCAUACCCUACAAUUGUCUAAGCAAGUAGCUAAGAUAGUGACAUGCUAUGUCAUAUAUAUGAAUAGGAGGCACGUUGCUCUUGGAAUGGGUUUGUAUCGAGGCAAAAAUGAAUGGUCUGAUAGACACUAAUUUGGAGGCUUGAAAUCAGAGCUGUUUCGCACACACACACACACACACACACACAUGUUGAAUGAACCCCCAUCUCUCUCUCCUGCCCCUCCAGAAUGGUUCCAGUGAGAAGCGGGAGGUACGUCAGUUCCAGUUCACGGCGUGGCCUGACCACGGGGUCCCCGAGUACCCCACCCCCUUCCUGGCCUUCCUACGCAGAGUCAAGACCUGUAACCCCCCUGACGCAGGCCCCAUCAUCGCCCACUGCAGGUUGGUACACACACAUACACACACAUACACACACACAAACACACUACACAGCUACAGAUAGUGGACAGAUACACCCAGCAGAUUUCACAGCAGGGUAUAUAGUAUAUGAAAAUAAUACUUCUGGCUGGCCACACAUUGUUUGGUGCAGAUUUUUGUUUCACCCCAUUCAACUACUGUUCAAUAAGUACUCAACUAGGUUGAGAUUCAACUAGGUUAAUUAGACUCAAUAAGGAUUCAAAUAGGUUAGUUCAAUGAGGUGUGGUACUGCAGAGCCAGUGUCAAUGUUUCCUCUCUUUCUUCCAAUGAACCAUGGACCCAGCACCUCAGAUGACAGAGGCCAAAUCGUAACCGUAAAUAUUCCAUUGACAUCCAUGCAUGAUUGAUGUGAAGGUUGCCGUUAGGAUUCGAUCCAUACUUACAGUAUCUUUGUUCACACAGCAUGGUAGUAGAUAAAUUAUGAAUCUUUAUUGGAAAGAUAUCCUCACUCACAGUAUGUAUGCUCUGAAUUGAAUGUACUAAAUCGUUUACUGCCAUGGCAACAAACAAGGGUUCAACCAGGUGGGUUGUCGGUGGGAACCUACCAAAUCUGAUCUAAACCAUAGUGUUUCAUUCUAUUUCUAUGGUCUAAACACUGUUGGUUUGUGGCAUUCUAGCCUUUAAGUCAUGAGCUUAUUGCGUUGGAUAUCUAUGUUAUUUUGUAUCUGUGGUCUUUGUACAGUUGCCCUCCCAAGUCAGGAGGUAUGACACAACCACUGUUCAACAGGGUGAACAAUACACUUUACAAUACACACGAUACACAUCAGUGCUCCAAAGGGUGUGUGUGUGUGUGUGUGUGUGUUUGUGUGUUUGUGUGUGUGUGUGUGUGUGUGUGUGUGUGUGUGUGUGUGUGUGUGUGUGUGUGUGUGUGUGUGUGUGUGUGUGUGUGUGUGUGUGUGUGUGUGUGUGUGUGUGUGUGCGUGCGUGCGUGCGUGCGUGCGUGCGUGCGUGUGUGUGUGUGUGCGUGUGUGUGUGUUUGUACGGUGCAGUGCAUAGAUCCAGUCAUGCAGUGCUGGUAGAACAGUAAUAGAGUGGUGAGUAAAGUGAAGGUCAUAGCUCUCCAGUGUGUUAACACUAGACUGCAGGGCUCUGAGUCACUCCCACACACACACCCACAUGCACUCUCACACAUACACACUCGCUCCCUAUUAACUAUGUCUUCACGUUCUCUUUCAUGCCCUUCUCUUCCUCUUCUUGUUCUGCAUCUUUCUCCUGCUCCGCCCUCUCUCUCCAACACUCUAUGUGUUCUGCUAUCAUCACUCUUUUCGUCACCAUCUCCUCCCUGACCCCUUGCAUCCCUCCAUCCUUCUCUUUCAAAUUCAUAUCCAAACUCACUUUAUUAGUGUCUGCAAAAUGACUGAAAUGUAAAUGUAUUAGCAUGACUGGAUCAAGCCAACAUUGUCAAAGCAAGAUGGCAAAUAUAAAGAUCCAGUCAAUCUUGAAAACUGGAGGCCUCUUACACUUCAAUGUUGUGAUGCAAAAAUACUAGAGAAAUGCAUAGCACUCAAAAUUAAAAAGGUUUUACAAGGUAUUGUUCAUCCUGAUCAGACAGGUUUUUUACAUGGACGAUACAUUGGAGAUAAUAUACGACAACUACUAGAAAUAAUAGAACAUCAUGAAACAUCUAAGAAGCCAGGCCUGGUAUUUAUAGUGGAAUUUGAAAAGGCCUUUGAUAAAGUAAGCCUGGAUUUUAUUUAUAAAUGCCUGGAUUUUUUCAAUUUCAGGCAUUAUUAUAUAAAAUGGGUAUAAGUAAUGUAUAGCAACCCCAGGUGUAAAAUAGUAAAUAGCGGCUACUUCUCAGAAAGUUUUGAAUUGUCAGGAGGAGUUAAACAAGGGUGUCUGCUGUCACCAUAUCUAUUUGUUAUGGCAAUCGAAGUGCUAGCUAUUAAAAUCAGAUCAAAUAACAACAUUAGAGGAUCCAAGGCUUAAAAACGAAGGUGUCCAUGUAUGCCGAUGACUCAAGUUUUAUAUUAAGUCCGCAAGCUAGAUCCCUGCAAUGUCUCAUUGAAGAUCUAGAGAACUUUUCUGGACUCUCUGGACUAAAACUUAAUUAUGAUAAGUGUACAAAAUUACGUAUUGGAACUUUUACAUUACCCUGCAGUUUACCUAUAAAAUGGGCUGAAGUAGACAUACUUGGUAUUCAUAUCACAAAAUAUAUAAAUGAGCUCUCCACAAUGAAUUUCAAUAGAAAACUUGUAAAAAUAGACAAGAUCCUGCAACCACGGAGCGGUAAAUACCUGUCUAUUUAUGGAAAAAUUGCCCUGAUUAACUCCUUAGUCAUAUCUCAGUUUACUCACUCACUUACAUAUGAGAAAAAAUAUUUAGCUUUAUCUGGGAAACUAAACCAGACAAGAUAAAGUGUGCCUAUCUAUAUAAUUAAUAUGAAUUGGGUGGGUUGAGAUUAUUAAAUAUAAAAGCACUAGACCUCUCUCUUAAAGCAUCACCUAUUCAAAAAUGUUACUUGAACCCUAAAUGUUUCUCAAGUAGAUUACUAAGAAAAGCUCAUCCAUUGUUUAAAAAUGGCCUUUUUGCCUUUGUGCAGAUUGCCAUGUCUAAUUUUCGAUUAAUUGAAAAUUAAAUUUCUUUCAAAGUAUCUGUCUUUUUCAAACAAGCAUUGCAGAGCUGGCUACAAUUUCAAUUUCAUCCCCUUGAAAAGAUAGAACAAGUAUUACAAAAAUAUUAAGGCUGAACUCAAAUGUGCUGGUUGAUUAAAGACCUGUAUUUAUUGGAAAUAUGUUUUGUUUUUAAAUUAUAUUGUAAAUUUAAAUGGUAGAGUUAUGUCUUUCAUGGAGUUAUCAGAAUUGUAUGGGAAGGUCUGCUCAAUCCAAGAUUACAACAAAUUGAUUAUAGCAUUACCCCAAAAAUGGAGGAGGCAGGUGGCAGUGGGAGGAGGUAGGGAACUGGUCUGUCUGCCCAAUAUAAAGGAUCAAAACCUGCGGAGGAAUAAAAAUAGCAUAAAUAGGAAAGUAUUUGAUGACUAGGAUGUUGACAGCUGUGCCAUACAGAUUGCAAAAUAGUUGGGAAGAGAUUUUUGAUGUACCGAUUCCAUGGUAUGAGUUGAUAUAUAAAACAACCAAAGAUUCAAGACUUCAGCAAAUGAUUAUAUAGAAUUCUUACCACCAACAAAAUGUUGAAUAUUUGGGGCAUACAAUCAUCGAAGUUCUGCAGAUUUUGUUGUGAGGAUAUAGAAUCAAUAGACCAUUUGUUUUGGUAUUGCCCUCAGGUAGCCUGUUUCUGGUCUCAGGUUCAGGAAUGGCUGAAAAUGCAUAAAAUGGAUCUAAAAUUGACCCUAGAAAUAGUACUGUUGGGAGAUCUGGAGAGACCGGGUCAGUCAACUACUAAUAUACUAAUACUCUUAGUAAAAGUAUUUAUCUUCAACUCGCAUGGUCUCGGAUGGUUGAGGGGCAGCUCUUGGGGGAACUGUGGGGGGGAUCUUGGAGGGCUGAUGGCCUGGCGGUUGGGAGCUUGGGCCGGUGGCUGACGGAUCGCUGGUUUGGGUCCCCGUUUUUGACCUUGUGGGAGAUCUGUCAACGUGCCCUUGAGCAGGGCGUUGACCCUGGGUUGCUUCUGUGUGUCCCUCUGGAUGGGAGUCUGUUAGAUGACUCGUGUGAUGUAGUUGCUGAGCGGCUUCACUGCAAGUAUAUUGUAUGUUUUAAAUAUUCAAUAAAUAUAGUUUUUUAAGUAUUAAAAAAUAACAAAAAUAAUAACAUUGUCAAAGCAAUCCACAAUGGAAGAUAAAUCUCAAAUACCUGAUCUGUGAUGAAAUUGUAUCUGUCCGUUUUAUGUGAUUUUAAAGACCAAUCCCUAAUGUUCUCUCUCUCUGUCUAUCUCUCCCCCUCUCCCCAUUCUCUUCUCUCGCUCCCUCUUUUCCCCUCUCCCUCUCCCCCCUCCCCCUUAUGCCCCCCCCCCCCCCCCCCCCCUUCCCUUCCAAUCCUCUCUCCCUCCUCUCCCAGUGCGGGUGUUGGGCGGACUGGCUGCUUCAUUGUGAUCGACGCCAUGCUGGAGCGCAUCAAGCAUGAGAAGACGGUGGACAUCUACGGCCACGUGACGCUAAUGCGCUCGCAGCGAAACUACAUGGUGCAGACGGAGGACCAGUAUAGCUUCAUCCACGACGCGCUGCUGGAGGCAGUGGCGUGCGGCAACACGGAGGUGGCGGCCAGGAGCCUGUACUCGUACAUCCAGAAGCUGGCCCAGGUGGAGACGGGCGAGCACGUCACCGGCAUGGAGCUGGAGUUUAAGGUAGGGGAUGUAGAUAUAGAUAGGUACAGAGAAACUGAGGUAGGGAGGAUGGGGAAGGUACAAAAUGGAGGAUGUUUGUUUGGUAGAGUGGAGCAGAGCCUGAGUUUAAGGUAGGCCAUAGACAUGUAGGUACGUAGGCUGCAGUGAACCUGAGAAAAGAGAGGGUGGGGAAAGGCACAAAAUUGAGGUUUAUUUAGGUUUAGGCCUACCAAUACCAAACCAUAAAUUAUGUUGAGACACAAAAUGUAGCUUUUAUCUUCAGUUGCUCUCAAUGCUCUGUCACAUCCAUGAUAUCUUUGAGCCAGAGGUAAAACACUAACGUUUAAAUUUAAAUGGCCUUGGAAUCAUUUUAAAUAUAUAUUGACUUGUAUAUAUUUUAUACCGGUACAUUAAAUUGGGCAUAUCCAUACCACAUUCAAUUGAUGUAGAUUCAAAUGUUAAUAGACAGUUUAUUAUACUUUAUUCAUGUGAGCCUUAACCUCAAUCAUUCAGUCACUGUUUGCUCACACCACUCAGUACCAUUGUCUUUUAAAAAGCUAGAAAUUGAAUAGUUAAGCUGUCUGCUCUUUAUCCUUGGUGUGAAUCUAUUUCUGAAGGAUUUCAAAUAAUAUGCUCCAGAUAGAGCAGCUUUGUGAUCAGUGUAUAGACUCCAAAUGAAGGAUUAUUCUGAAAAAGCAUAACACGAUUCAUUUCAAACUUAACAAAUAACUGCUUAGAUGAGAACCCAUUAUCCAAACCUGGAAGCGCAUGGAAUCUGGCCGAACACUUAGUGAGAGACCGACGAUCCAAUCCUAUCCAAACUUUGUUGUUCCCCCUUGCACAACAACACACUUGACCUUGAAUUACACAUGUACAUGCCCCUAUCUCGCCUCGAAAUCAUUUGUAAUAUACCCAAUGCCAUUUAUCAUCUCGCAGCGCUAAGAAACAAUAAUGAUGACGGUUUCAUCUAAGACAUUUGCUACAGUAUACCAUGAUAGAAUCUCUAAUAGCUACAGCCCCAUCUGUAAUAGCGAUAAUGGUACUACGAGGUAUAAAGUCGCGUCGGAUUAAUAACGGCGAAUGGCGGCGGUCGUGGCACGAGAACGUUAGUGAGGAGAUGUAAUUAAUAGUUGAUGAUGACAAAUGGCGAGGCGGACGGCGAGGGCAAGCGGGAGGGUCCCCUCACAAAUGAACAGAGAGACGUUACUGCGUCUUAGAAAGGAGUUGCUCUGACAGUUAGUCAGUGUUUCCCAAACUCGGUCCUGGGGACCCCAAGGGGUGCACGUAGGGCUGUUACGGUGACCAUAUUACCGCCACACCAGCGGUCAAAUUCCACAUGACCGUUUAUUCAUGGUAACUAGGCUUCUCCUAGCUCUGAUGCUGCUGAUGGUCAUUAGUAGUAGCCUACCAAACUUGCUAACUGCCUGGUACUUAUCACUCUGUUGUCCCUCUAAUCACUCUGACAUCAAUGCAAUUGUAAUCGAAAACCUUCAUGAGAGCCCAUGAGCACAUGUGCAACAUUUCUAUAGGCUAUGCAAUUGAGUGAGAAAACAGAGUUUUGAUGGCCUCUAUUAAAAAGAGGAGGAUCCCAUCAGCUUUCUAUAGGCUAGGCCUACUAUAUUUAUUUCUCAACUUUCCUAAUAUUAAGCACAUUGCUUCUCUUUACAACAGGAGUAUAGCCUACCUGGCUGGCAUGAAAAUGAACCACGGGAAAAGCAUCCUCCAUUCGCUAUUUAAGUGCAUAGAUGACAUGUAUUUUUUCCCCCUUCCCCUGUUUCGAGACAGGUGCAUGAUAAUGGUCCAUUCUAAAUCAAAACAAAUUUCACACAUAGAUUAUAUUAUUUAGUAUAUGUAAAGAUUAAAUCAAAAAUAGUCUGAUGGGUGACAAUAUUAGCCUAUCCCUUCUGAACGAUAUAUUAUUACUUGUGAAUGAUGCCCAGCUUGUGUGCAGUAAAGCAAGAAACAGCACAUGCCUUUUCAAAUCAUAGUCGCACACCUUAUGUAGCCUAUCCCAUAGGCCUAUAUGUUUUUAUAUGUUUUCUAUCACUACUUAAGUGGCCAAAUAUCUUCUUAAAAUUAAUUACAUUAAUCUGCUUUACAACAGGUGUAAAGCCUAACUGGCAUACAUACGCGGCGCGUGAGUUUCAAGUUUGGGGAAGACAAUUUUCACCAUAGAAAUGCACCUUUAUAAUAAUAGCAUUACAUGCAUAAUAGCAUUUGCGGUAACUUUUGAGAAUAGUGUUUUCCCGCUAAUUGAUUGCAUUUUGGAACAUUGGCGUUUAUAGCCUACUGCUAUGUGUGCAUUGCUGCGCUUAUAAUGUGAAGAAAUAGCCUAAUAGUUUAUCAACAUUUUAAGGUGAAAGUUCUGAUCUGUUGCAUCAGCCUCAUUGCUUUUAAAAGGUUUUUUGAUGCUUGUGGUUGUAUUAAUCUGGGAUCUAUCACAAUUUACAACUGUCCCAGACUAAGUUGGGAAUAUUUAUUUAUCGCACAGAAUAUAAUAGGUCAACUUUUGUACUAUGGGGGAUAGCUGUUCGUUAGGCCUACUCAUCUUAUUGACUGGCGAAAGUAAAUGUGGACAGUUCUUCCAACAUCUUCAAUAUGCACCUCGGAAUUCGAUAAGGACUGCCACAGAUGUGUCCCCGAUGUGUCUUUCUUCACUUGUAGCCUGUGAGAAAAACCUGUUCACGUGACGGGCAUUGGCUAAUAAGAAUUGAGAUAUCUGAGAGAGCCAUGUGAGUGAGAGGUGCUUCAGAGCACGCUGCUGGGAGAAGGGAAUUAUAAUCAUUAUAUUCAGCCCAAGGGCACAAUGGCCACUGGCUUCAAAAGGCAAGGAUUCUUUUAGGGGGCAUUACGGCUACAUAAAGGGGAUACCGCCGGGAAAUUCGAUGCAUUAUCAAGUGCUUGUCAAAUUGUGAAUGAGAGACUUAUGAAGUGUGUACAGCCUGCGCAAAAAACUAAGCAGAGCUCAUGCCUUUCAUGCGACUUUUUUCAAAUCAUCAUUAGAGUCGCAUCAUGCAGCCUUAGAAUGUAUUAAAAACCAAAACAUAUAGCCCAACAUUUGUAUCACAACUAAAGUUGCAUAAAUAACUCUAAAUUAAGCACAUAGGAGGACCUGUUUCUUUGUUAACUGCUCAACACAGAAUAGCAGCAUGUGCGCACUCCCUCAAAUCGUUUGGAGAAAAUAUCCUUUCUAUUUUAUUGAGUUAUGUUCAAUUGUAUUCGUCAUCCUAUCAAAUAAUAUAAAAUAAUGCCAAGGAAUUCUAAGCAAAUCUUGUCUGUUAAAUGAACUUGUGUAUCCCAUAGCCAUAUGGCAUAGCCAGAUCAGGGCCUAACAUAAGGACAACUCAGAGUAGGCUAUUCUGUUCUUCUGAAAUAGACUACAUUGCAUUGCUUGACAAUCACCGGCUGACAAAAUGUAAUGACCGCCACAGCCUUAGGUGCACGUUUAGAUUUUUUCCCUAGCACUACACAGCUGAUUCAAAUAGGACCGAGUUUGGGAAACCCUGCUCUAUAGGCUUGAGAUCAGUACAGUCGUCCAUAGCGAUGUUUAUGCCUUUGUUUACUUACGACUGCCAGCACGCACACCAGACCUGGGUUCAAAUAGUAUAGCAACGCUUCAGCUAUGCUUGAUUAACCAAUGGAAUAGUCCCAAAAAUGCAAAUCCCGCCCAUCAUGCUUAGCAUCAUGGUAGUGGUAGGCUACAUGACAGAGAACAUAAGUACAGUAUCAUCCAGAACUCCCUGUGGAAAGGGGCACGAGAGUGGAGAAAAUAUGGCAACUAAGGUUGUUUCUUUGACUAGAGGUUUCCUAGGUGCAUCUCUGCCCUUAGGGAGGAAGGAAAAGGAGGACGGGUUGCCAGAUUGGUUGGUUUCCAAUCCAAACUCUCCCCCCGGAGUUUGGUGUAGUAGCAGCGCUGGGCGUCUUUAGCCUUGCCAGCCCGUCUCAUACCCUUCCAGGUGCCUCUGUAAAAGGGGGAUCAAAGGGAAGAAAGGAGAGAGGGAAGAGAGGAGGGGAUGGGGACAGGAGGGUUGACCCAAAUCCAAGUGGCAAUGACAGACUGGGCUUUUGGCACUGAAAGAGAGAGGGAGAGAGAAGAGGGGGAUGAGGGAGAAAGAGAGAGAGAGAAGGGGAGAGGGAGAGAGAGAAAAAAUUACAUAGGGGGAAUGAGUGAGAGACAUUUUAGGGAGGGAGGAAGGAGUAGCGAGAGUUAAGUUGAGAGAAAGAUUGAGAGAGGCUGUCAGAAAAGGUAUAGCUUACACACAGCAGACAUCAAGGUCAAAGGAGCGAAUGGGGAGAAGAGGGGGAUGAGGAGAAGGUGGUGAGGUGGCUGGUGCUGGACACGUGUGUGUGUGUGUGUGUGUGUGUGUGUGUGUGUGUGUGUGUGUGUGUGUGUGUGUGUGUGUGUGUGUGUGUGUUUGUGUGUGUGUGUGUGUGUGUGUGUGUGUGUGCACGUGCGUUUGAGGGAUGAUAUUGUCAGACAGACUGACCCACAAACUGCCUUGACGGUCCCUUUGAUGGUCAUUUGUCAGUACAGGUCCCAAUUUGGAUCAUGACACUGUGUGUGUGCACGGGCAUGCUCGAAUGUAUUCUGUGUGACUGUGUGCUCGACUGUUUGUAGAGCAUAUAUCAGACCCCCAUUAUCAAAGACUUGAGUGACCCACUUUUUGCAGAUGGGUUUACAGCCUCAUAGAAACCCCUCUCUCCAGUUUCUGUUUGAUGCUAGCUUGUUACAGUAGUACAGACUAGUGCUUCAAGUCAUACUAUCUUACUUCAUAGCACCUCACACGUGACUUCACAUCGCAAGGUACACAGGGAUAUGAAAAGAAAAUGGGCAGUAGAAUAAAGACUGUGUUCUUUGAUUGCUCCAUCCAGCCAUACAUUAUGAAAGCAUUCAUCAAAUAGAUGUGUCUUCAUUUAUAAGGUGCUUUAGCGAUCGUUUAAGGCUCGGCUCUGUCUCGCUCAGAUAAGAUUAGAUCUCACAGUUCUUUAUUACUCUGCAGUCGUUAAUCUCUCGCUCUCCUUCCAUCUCGCCUUCUCUCUCUACCACUUUCUGUCCUUUUGACUUUCGUUCCAUAUGACUCCAUCCAUCCCUCUCUCUCUCCCUCUCUCUCCUUCCUUCCCCCUCUUCUCUCCCCUCUUCUCUUCUCCCAUCCCUCCACCUCCCCCUCUCCCCCUCUCUCCUCCUCUCCAUCUCUCCCUCAUCCCUCCAUCCACCCCUCCAACUCCUCCUCUUCUACAGCGCCUGGCCAAUUCCAAGGCCCACACGUCCAGGUUCAUCAGUGCCAACCUGCCCUGCAACAAGUUCAAGAACCGUCUGGUGAACAUCAUGCCCUACGAGACCACCCGCGUCUGCCUGCAGCCUAUCAGGGGCCUCGAGGGCUCCGACUACAUCAACGCCAGCUUCAUCGAUGGAUACAGGUAGGUGGAAUGGGUGGGUGGGUGGGGGAGAGAGAGAAAGAGGGGGAGGGGUGUGUGUGUUUGCAUGCAUGCCUGUCUGUGACUGUCUGUCUGUCUGACUCAGCACGCUACAUGUCUGACCUGAAUGUGUGUGUGUGUGUUGCCAGGCAACAGAAGGCCUACAUCGCCACGCAGGGCCCAUUGGCAGAGACCACAGAAGACUUCUGGAGGAUGCUGUGGGAGAACAACUCUACCAUCGUAGUCAUGCUCACCAAACUCAGAGAGAUGGGCAGGGUAGGAGACAGUUUAUUUGUCUUUCUUCUUUCUUCUCCUCUCGAGAGCUCGCGCUCUCUCAUAGACCAGAUCGUCUCUUCUCUAUCUCUACGCGAGCUUCUCGAUCCGUCUGCAUGCAUAGAUCAGCUUCGCUACUAGCUCUAGCGAUGCGUAGCUCGUCGCUCUCUCUCGUCUCCCUAGCUCUCGCUAUCGGUCUCUUCUCUCGUCUCUCGAUUCACGCUAUCUCCCUCUCUCUCUCUCUCUCCUCCUCCCAGACCCACUCAACCUCAAGCAUUCUUCUCUCUGUCCAUCAUUCAGCGUUGUUAUCCUCUGUAGUGCAGUCAUCACUACUACCCCAAUGACAAACGGAACACAUGCCUAACCUGCGCUAACUGUAGUCUAUGUAUCCACGUGCAUCUCAAAGAUCUAUUUAUCCUAUGCCUCCUCACAUGUUUGUGUCUCUCUCUCUGUGUUCACAGGAAAAAUGUCAUCAGUACUGGCCCGCUGAGCGUUCGGCCAGGUACCAGUACUUUGUGGUGGACCCCAUGGCUGAGUACAACAUGCCCCAGUACAUCCUCCGAGAGUUCAAAGUCACCGACGCCAGGGUAAGUGUGUGCUUGUGUGUGUGUGUGUGUGUGUGUGUGUGUGUGUGUGUGUGUGUGUGUGUCCAUGCGUAUGUCCUUUCCUUAGAGAUGACAUAUUCUAUUUCUAUUUAUGUCUCUCUCCCAUAAAUACUAUGUCUAGAAAUGCUACUGUACUAAACACUGAGUAUUCCAUAACAUAGAUUGACCAGGUGAAUCCAGUUGAAAGCUAUGAUCCCUUAUUUAUGUCACUUGUUAAAUCCACUUCAGUCAGUGUAGAUGAAGGGGAGGAGACAGGUUAAAGAAGGAUAUUUAAGCCUUGAGACAAUUGAGACAUGGAUUGUGUAUGUGUGCCAUUCAGAGGGUGAAUGGGCAAGACAAAAGAUUUAGGUGCCUUUGAAAGGGGUAUGGUAGUAGGUGCCAGGUGCACCGGUUUGUGUCAAGAACUGCAACGCUGCUGUUAAUUUUUUCGCUCAAUAGUUUCCUGUGUGUAUCAAGAAUGGUCCACCACCCAAAGGACAUCCAGCAAACUUGACACAACUGUGGGAAGCAAUGGAGUCAACAUGGGCCAGCAUCCCUGUGGAAUGCUUUCGACACCUUGUAAAGUCCAUGCCCCGAUGAAUUGAGACUGUUCUGAGGGCAAAUGUUUUGUAUACUUAGUGUACAUGCCUAGUGUAUGUUCCAUUCAACCUUUCAUCUGUAUCAUUAGUGAGACCGGAGAAAGCAAGCUGAUUGAGGCCAUUUUUCUCCAUCACAUGAUGGGGUAUGUGUCAUGAGUAUGAUAGUAUGGUUGCUCAUUAUACCACCUUUAAAGGGGCAAUCUGUAGUUCAAACAACAACAAAGUGGCCACUCCGCCACUGUUUUGGUAAACACCUGAGGGAUUGGGUUGGAGAAGAUCGCAGAUUGCCCCUUUUAAUGACAAUAUUUAGAUCCAGAGAGAGCUUUGACCUGAUGAAGAUCCUCUUGAUCGAAAUGUUGUACAAACGUUGUGUAGGUGUUAUAAGGAGCAUACAGUGUGAAGCGCUUUUUGUCCUUUUCAUAUAUGUACCAUUAGCCCAUUUUAGGGAAGUGCAUAAGACCACAACCAUUUCUAUGAUAAUAUGAUUGUCAGUGGUCUGUUUAAGCACUAAGGCCCAUUGUACAGUAUAGGCGGCCAUUUUGUGUCCAAUGUAACGGUAACUGUAUUGCAGCACACUAGCCCACAUGUUGGAUUGCUGCUUGAGCCAGCAUGGCGGCUAGUUAGGAGCACUCAUGUUGGUCUGGGAAAAAAAACACUUUACACACUGGCCUAGCCCUCAGCCCCCUGCUACUCCCACUGGGCAGAUUAGACAUACAUGCCGCUUAAGCUGGUGCUCUAGGUACCACACACAAACUAUACCUUCCCCUACCACACACACACACACACACACACACACAGUAAGGAGUGCCUGGGAAAGGUGGACUGGAGCGGCAGCAGCAGUGGUGGUUCUAGGCUGUCUUAAUUGUGAUUGAAUCAUCAAAGCGGCCCACUCCAGUAAUCAGGUUGGGCCGUACGCGUAAGCUCUCCCCAAUAAAUGAAAGGGACCUCUAAUCAGAGGUGACUGGAGGAAGAGAGGGAGACAGACAAGGAGCGGAGAGAGAGAGAGAGAGAGAGAGAGAGAGAGAGAGAGGUGGGUGGGUGGGUGGGAGAGAGAGGGAACGAAUAAGAGGUGGUUGGUAUGUCUGUGUGGAAAGAGUAGGGUUGUGUGUGUGUGUGUGUGUAUGUGUGUGUGUGGGUGCGCGUGCGUGUGUGUGUGUGCACAUAUUCAUGUGCAUGCAAUAGCAGAGACUCCACAUUUCAGCUGUAUCUGCUAGCGAGGCAAUCACGUAUUUAAUCACACAAUUUGACACAGUGUGCAGCCCCUAAGGUUGUGUGUUAAAUGUAUUUAUUUAGAUUUGUCUCUACGCGCUUCAUUAAUUGUGUUGUUGUUGUUUUUUCUUCUCCUUCGCUUUUAAUCCGUGCGGGGAGGCAAAAUGUUUUCAAAUUAGGUUUAAAGGAAAAAACAGAAUGGUAAGAGAGAGAUAAGAGAAAACAGUUGCUUGUGACAGUCAAAUUAAAGACACUUUUACACUGAUGAGUCUGAAGACUAGUCAUCAAGGACAUUUUUUGGGGAGUAUUAGGACUUCUUAGCCUUUUGCUUGGGACAUUUAUACUGAACAAAAACAUAAAUGCAACAUGCAACAAUUUCAAAGAUUUUACUGUGUUACAGUUCAUAUAAGGAAAUCAGUCAAUUGAAAUAAAUAAAUUAGGCCCAAAUCUAUGGAUUUCACAUGACUGGCAAUACAGAUAUGUACCUGUUGGUCACAGAUACCUUUAAAAAGAAAGAUAAGGGCAUGGAUCAGAAACCAGUCAGUGUCUGGUGUGACCACCAUUUGCCUCAUGCAGCCCGACACAUCUCCUUCGCAUAGAGUUGAUCAGGCUGUUGAUUAUGGCCUGUGGAAUGUUCUCUUCAAUGGCUGUGCGAAGUUGCUGGAUAUUGGCGGGAACUGGAACAUGCUGUCGUACACAUCGAUCCAGAUCAUCCCAAACAUGCUCAAUGCACUCAUUGUCUGGUGAGUAUGCAGGCCAUGGAAGAACUAGGACAUUUUCAACUUCCAGGAAUUGUGUACAGAUCCUUGCAACAUGGGGCUGUGCAUUAUCAUGCUGAAACAUGAGGUGAUGGCGAAGAAUGAAAACCCCACCGCCACCAUGGGGCAGUCUGUUCACAAUGUUGACAUCAGGAAACCGUUCGCCCACACAACGCCUUACACUUGGUCUGUGGUUGUGAGGCUGGUUGGACGUACUGUAAAUUUAUGGUAGAUAAAUUAACAUAAAAUUAUCUGGCAACAGCUCUGGUGGACAUUCCUGCAGUCAGCAUGCCAAUUGCACACUCCCUCAAAACUUGAGACAUCUGUGGCAUUGUGUUGUGUGACAAAACUGCACAUUUUAGAGUGGCCUUUUAUUGUCCCCAGCUCAAGGUGCACCUGUGUAAUGAUCAUGCUGUUUAAUCAGCUUUUUGAUAUGCCACACCUGUCAGGUGGAUGGAUUAUGUUGGCAAAGGUGAAAUGCUCACUAACAUGGAUGUAUUCACAUUUGUCCUCAAAAUUGAGAGAAAUAAGCUUUUUGUGCGUAUGGAACAUUUCUGGGAUCUUUUAUUUCAGCUCAUGAAACAUGGGACCAACACUUUACAUGUUUAUAUUUUUGUUCAGUGUAUUAAGGCUACGAACCAAUUCAACAUACAGCCUCCUCUCCUUUUCUCUUUUCCUUGUCUCCUUUCCAGACAAUGGACCUGAAAUCACUUGAUGGGUAUAAGCAGUAUAGUGGAAGCCAAUCUACUCUGUUCAAUGAUCAGUCAUCAAGCAAAGGAGACAAGGCUAAGGACUAGGGAGUGUUUGAGGAGUAUAAGGACGUAGCCUUUGGUUCUGUAUUGUAUCCUCAGCCUCAGUUGCCAAAUUCAAAUUCAGAGACUGUUUCCUUUCCCUUCCAGUCGACUACUGAGAUUAAGACACCACCAUAAUUGACUACCCUUCGGCAGAGAUUCAAAUAAAGCAAUUUUCUCAAUUAGUGUAAGUCCAGUCCGCACCGAUGUGGACUGGAGCGGCAGCUCCAGUCCUCCAUCCAGGAGGACUGGUUGCAUGUCAUUUUUUGCAUGUCAGGUCCCUCCAUCCAUCAGUCCUCCAUCCAGGAUUACCCCGUUUAACACAAUGUUUAGAAGAAGACGCUUGUCAUGCCAGAUGCCCUAUUGAUUUCCUCUAACCGGGACUUAUUCCACUGAAGAAAUUACAAGUUAAAAUGAUAGAGGGAGGGAGAAGGAGAGGGGGAAAGAGAGACAGAGGGAGUGAAAUAAAGGAAAGAUUGUUAGAGAGCGAGAGAAAGGGAGAAAAUAGUUAGAGAGAGAAAAAGCGAACUGAUAGACUGUCAGAUGAACGUCAGGGGAGACAGGUCAUUGUGGUGUUGUAUGAUGGUGAAGUUGAACUGGCCAGUUGUUGUUGUUAUUGUGCGGUCUACUAGACACAGAUAGGGACAGCGUUGGGACUUGGCGGUUCGCUGACCCCAGAUCAAGUUUCUCUCUGGGGUGUGUAGUGAAACAGUUAUUGUUUCUGUUGCUGAAUCAGUUUGUUUGCUUGGUAUGUGGUCGUCAUAGUGGACAAUGAAAGAGUCUGUGACACAGAGGACGUAAAGUGAAGGAUCUUGGUUUUUACUGACCAACCCCUCUCUUUUUCUCUCCCUUUACAUAAUUUUGUCUUUCCCUUUUUCUCGAUCCUCCUCUUUCUCCUCUCUUACCCUUUCCAUCCAUUCUUCUUCUUCUCUUUCCCUUUCUCAGGAUGGGCAGUCCAGGACAGUGCGGCAGUUCCAGUUCACUGAUUGGCCGGAGCAGGGGGUGCCCAAGUCAGGGGAGGGCUUCAUAGACUUCAUAGGCCAGGUGCACAAAACUAAGGAGCAGUUCGGCCAGGACGGACCCAUCUCUGUCCACUGCAGGUAAGGGCCCUGUGUGUGUUUGUGUAUGUGUGUGUGUGUGUGCAUGUCUGUGUCUGCGUGUGUCAGAGUGUGUCUGCGUGUGUCUGUGUGUGUCUGUGUGUGUCUGUGUGUAUCUGUGUGUUUAUGCGCGUGUACAUGGGCCUGCGUGUAGGUGUGAGACAUGUUAGACAUGUGUCAGUGGUGUUCUUUAUAAUUCAGACUGACACCAUUAUAUGUACCUAACAAUGUCAGCAUAUAACAUAUCAUCCGGAGUCUGUAGGUGUGUAGGUGUCCGACAUCCGGAUUGAUACCUUGUGUUGUUAAGGGGAUUACAACCAGCCUCCCGUGGUGCUAGUCUUAAUGUCCUCCUCAGACAUGAUGCAUGUUUUUCUCUCUCUCUCUCUAGCCUCCUCUUCUCUCAUCUCUCUGCAUCUUCUCUCUCGAUACUGCGUCUUCUCGUCUCUCUCGUCCUCUCUCUCUCUCUCUAUCGUCUCUCUCUCCUCUCUCUAUAGCUCUCUCUCUCGUCGAGUCUCUCAUUGCUUUGGAUCAAUCUCUGCACUAGCUAACAAUCUCUCUCCUCCGCUCUCUCUCUGCUCGCGCUCUCGCGCUCUCGCUCUCUCUCUCAUCGCUCUCCGCGAAUUCUCUGAUCAUCUCUCACUCUCUAACAAUCUCUCUCUCUUUCUCUCUCUCUCUCUCUCUCUCCUUACUGCCACUGCAAUGGGCUGGCAUUACAACGCCAAAGGCUCAGCUCAUUCAUAAUUGAUCACACGGAGCGGCAGCCUGGCAUUUGUAAAUGGGAGGCACAUGAAAUAAUUUGUCAAUUUUUAUUUUAUGAUUCCCUGUGUGAUAAAUGUUUAUCACAUGGUGUUUUUUUUCUUCCAAGGUAACCUUAGUAAUUUGGCAAGCAUAUUCAGCAAAAAUAUUUGUGUGGCUACCACCUCUGAGGUACCACUGAAAUGUGUUACUUAGUAUGUUUAUGCUUCAAAAAAAGAAGUCCCUGCACGCUGCUAACUUGCAAAGUUUCAUCAUUGUAUUGAAACAACAUGUUGUUGGUUGAAAAUUAAAACGUCCACUUUGCAUCCUUUUUCCUUUGCAAAGUCACCAAAAAUUAGCCUGGUCCCAGAUCUGUUUGUACUGUAUAGCCAACUCCUGUGGUUGCAUAAACAGAUCUGGGACCAGGCUAACAUGAGAUCUACCUAUACACUAGAUCUACCUAUAUGGACAUCAUUAUGAUGUCACCAGACUUUCACCACCAUACUCCCAUGUGGAAAGUACGAUAUCACCACCAGACAUUGCAUAUACCCUUUAAGAGAGAGGGCUGUGUCUUAGGACCUGCAAUAAAGCUGAGAUAUCCUCUCUUGAUGAAAGGAUUUAGCCCAGCAGCCUGCUAGAGGAGGCACAGCUAAUGCAGCGGCUCAGGAAGGCGAGGGCUCAGUGGUUAUGUCCCAAAUGGCAACCUAUUCCCUUUAUAGUGAACUUCUUUUGACCAGAGCCCUAUGGUGCCAUUCGGGACGCAUACAGUGAGAGCAUUGUCUUCACCACACAUUGGCAUUUUGAGCACAGGCCCUGGAGUGUUAUUGCAGUACUACUCUAACACCUCGGAAAUCAGCUCAGUUCUGACGCAAUGCAUGCUGGGAAGUAGGAACGAGUCAGGGAUGCCCCCUCCCUCUGUUGCUGUUCUCGGAAAGCUCCGGAAGUCCAAUACUGAGAACUGGGCUCAGCUACUGUCUGUCUGUCUGGAGUGUCUGUCUGUCUGGAGUGUCUGUCUGUCUGGAGUGUGUAGGUUCCCUCCUUUGUUAUCCUGUUGUCCUCUCGUCGUCCUUCUCUCCCUACCUUCCUGCUCUUUGUGUGUUCCUGUCUCUUUCCACCUACUCACACUGUGUUAUAUCAAAAGAUGGUACAUUAUUUUAUUUUUUCUCUCUCACUUUCUUGCUUUCUAUCCCCCUCUUUUGUCCUUUAUCUUUCAUCCCUCCGUAUAUUUUCUCAAUCCCAUGCAUUUUCCCCUUCACUCUUCUCAAUCGUCCAAAUCAAUAGAACCCAGAGAGUGUUCUUCAAUGGCAGCUUCUCUAACAUCAGAUAUGUACAGUGCAGUGUCCCUCAGGGCAGUUGCCUUAGGCCGUUACUCUUCUCUAUUUUUAUAAAUGAUUUGCCCUUACACCAAGCUAGAAUGACUAUGUAUGCGGAUGAUUUCACACUCUACAUGUCAGCACCCAAAGCCUGUGAGCUCACUGAAAUUCUAAAUAAGGAGUUACAGUCAGUAUCAGAAUGGGUGAUUAAUAAUAAACUGGUUUUAAAUACAUCUAAAACUAAAAGCAUUGUAUUUGGUUCAAACAUUCUCUAAAACCUAAACCUCAACUGGAGUUGUGUAUAAAGGGUGUGACCAUUGAGCAAGUUGAGGAAACUAAACUCCUAGGUAUAACAUUGGAUAGUCAAUUAUCAUGGUGUCAUAUUGAUAAAGUUGUUGUGAAGGAAAGGAAAGGGAAAGGGGGAUACCUAGUCAGUUGCACAACUGAAUGCAUUCAACCGAAAUGUGUCCUCCGCAUUUAACCCAACCCCUCAGAAUAAGAAGAUGGGGAGGAGUGUGUCUCAUAAAAAUAUGUUCAGCGUUUUUUACAAAAAAAUCAACUGUACUAGUUGUUCAAGAUCUGGUCUUGUCCCAUCUUGAUUACUGUGAUUAUAUGGUCAAGUGCAGCAAAGAAAGACCUAGCAAAGUUGCACCUGGCUCAAAACAGGGCAGCAGGCUUGCCCUUAACUGCACAUACAGAACUAACAUCAACAACAUGCAUGUCAGUCUUUCCUGAUUGAGGGUUGACGAGAGAUUAACUGCAUCUCUUCUCGUUUUUAUUAGAAGUAUUACCGUAAUGAAAAUUCCAGAUUGUCUGCAUAAUCAAAUAACAUUCAGCUCAGACACGCAUACAUACCCCGCAAGACAUGCCACCAGGGGUCUCUUCACAGUCCCCAAGUCCUCAGAGCCAUGAUUGCAUGGGAUUCCCUUCCUCAAGCAAACAGCAAAAUUACCUUAAACAACAUCUCAUGGAAUGGCGGGGACUUUGAGGGGACACACACACAAACACACGCACACAUAGACACACUCUAACACACACGUUAUGUAUUUAGUUGUAUUGUUUGUAUUGUUAUAUAUAUAUUUUUUUAUUCUAUUGUUUGUAUAUCGUUGUAUUUUAAAUUUGUGUGACUGUCCUUGUCCAUCAGGGUACCAGUGGUUUCUUUUACUUGUCAUGUUCUGUGUUUUUUGUGAACCCUAUGAAGAAUAUCUGCUGCCUCUACAAAAGCUAAUGGGGAUCCAAAUAAACAAACAAACAACUCUCUCUCUCCCUCUCUCUUUCUCUCUAUUUUACUGCAGCCCCAAUUCCUAUCUAAUAGAGCCACACGGUUUUUGUCAUUAAUUGCCUGAUUACUUUCUGUGAAUGGGAGUGUAAAACCUCUCAUUCAAUGCUGCCUUCCACGGCUGUUUGAUGGAGUUUAAGAGCCAUAUGACAAGCUGUGACUAGCUCCCAGGGAAGAGCUUUCUCCACACUCCAGGGGAGGAUGGGAUUGGUGUGUAGGGAUGGAGGGGUGGGUUAUUUUGUUCGGUCAAUCUACUAUCAGAAGUUUUCGAGGUAAACAAUGGUCAAAGUUAUCUUUGGCAAAAAACAUUGUAACCUUUCAGAAACUGUCAUGGGGUGGGUAGGAGAGAAAAAUAAAUCUGUUGUCAUAUCAAUUAUUGUUCCAUUGGUGAAGUGGAAGUCAUUUCACACCAAAGUAGCUUACGGAGACAGCCCUCAAGUAUUUCAGGAUCAGAGUUAAGACUCACCCUAUUUUGGGUGACUGUUGCAGGGAAAGGUUUGCAAUGGGGGCUUAAUGAUGCAAAGUGUGUGUGUAUGUGUGUGUGCAUGCUCAAAUGUGGGUGCGUGUUCGUGUGUGUGUGCACGCAUGUGUUUAUGAUUGUGUACAUGCGUGCAUCCAUGAAUGCAUUCGCAUGUGUUCGAGAUUGUGUACGUGCAUGCAUGUGUGUGUGUGUGUUCAUUUUGUGUUGUGCCGGCGCGUGAGCGGGCAUCAAAGUGGAAUGUGUACAUUCCUCACAUCAAGAUUACCUCUCACAUUAUCAUUUUAAAGCCAGGUGUUAAACUGUCUAGCGAUGGCAGAUGAUGACUCGUAUCCAGGGACAGAAGAAAGAAAAUAGAAUGACCAAAAUGGACACAUGAUAGCUGUUACUAGAACUUGAUUUCCCUAGACCCAUAUUUAGGGCCGGUUUCCUGGACACAGAUGAAUAAAUCUAGCCCUAGACUAAGAAUAAUGUUCAAUGGAGAUUCUCCAUUUAUUCAUACUUUUUAGUCUAGGAUUUUAGCUUUAUCUUAAAGCCGAAGUUGCUGCAUACAUUUUUUGACAUGUAAAUUAAUGAUAUAUACCCAUUGAUUCUUGAAGAAUAUAACUUAUACAUGCCUCAUGAUCUUAGUUAAACUGUCGUACAUCAUCAGAAUCCAAAAUAUACGCUUGUUUUACUCCAAUGUUUAUAAAUAAUGUAAAUGUAAACUAGCCUCAAAACAUGGUUCAAACUUCAAUUUUAAUAUCAUGGAUGGUCAGUCCUUUCAUCCAUGGCUCUUUUAAUGAAUUUGAGAGUGGUUACAUUUCUCCAGGCCCAUCCCUCAGCUUUUUACUAAAACAGAGGCGGGGUGUCUACUUUGUUAUUGUUUCAAUUAAGGAUUCAAGCUUUAAACCAGCCAAUAGACUUUAGACAACUUUAAAAAUGGACGCAAGAUAGAGCUCUUUGUGUGAUAGUUGGAUUUCAUCUGGUGUGUGUGUUGUUGUUUUUCCAGUGCGGGGGUUGGCCGGACCGGUGUCUUCAUUACGCUCAGCAUCGUGCUAGAGAGGAUGCGCUACGAGGGCGUGGUGGACAUCUUCCAAACGGUCAAGAUGCUGCGGACACAGAGGCCGGCCAUGGUGCAGACAGAGGUGAGAGGUCACUCUAGACCACAUGUGUGAAACUCAAGGCCCUAGAGUGAGCCCAUUCAAUCCGACCUGCGGGUGGUUUGAGUAAUUUUUAAUUUGGUUUAUUUUUUAAAGAUUUUUUUUCUCAAUCGACAUUUAAAUGACUAAAACCAAAUCGAAACAGUGUAGAAGUGAUAAUGGACCUACAUUUAUAGUCUCCUUACUCUGCCCAGCUUGCUAACAGUUAUCGAAACGAAAGCUAGACAGUCAGGGAGUAUCGGAAAUUCCAAAAGUGAUGGAAAGAUAACCAUUUUUUGCUAAUUUUGACGGCGAGGAAGUUGAAUACAUUUUAAGUGCAACCUACAGACCUCGGUGAAGACCAAAUGCAGGCCGCAGGGAAAAAUAAUUUGACGUCCCUGUUCUAGACCCACAGGCCUUUGUGGAUGUAUUACAUUGAACAUUUGAUUAUUCUCUUUUUUGCUGCUAUCACAAUGUGAUAUUCAUGUUUAAUAUUUUGUCUUUUGUCUUUGUUUUGUCUAUGCAGGAUGAAUAUCAGUUUUCCUACCAGGCGGGUCUGGAGUACCUAGGAAGCUUUGAUCACUAUGCAACGUAAAAAGCCAUCUCUUCCCCCAAAUCCGGUGUCCCCCUCAACAGUCUCCUGGGCCAUAGAAACCUGCUUGAAAUUUGAAAUGACAACAACAACAAAAACAAACAACAACAACAACCAGAAAACAAAAUUCAACCAACAGGAAAGCAAACAAAUUGUAGAUUUUUUUUGUAAAGAAAUCCAUUUAAAACACCAACAAGAGUGCAAUUCCAAUUGGACCUAAUGGACUUUGAUGCCGGUGAGUAAAGUGUAAACGAUUCCAUCAGCAAAACUAACUGACGCUCUCACUCGGGAGAAAGGAACCAAAAGUGGUGGCUCAAGCUGUGGGGUGGGAAUAAUCAAAGUGUCAGACUGCUAACCUUACCUCAAGUGUUCAGAUGUGGAGGUGGACAUUGUAAACAUUUUGUGGACAUCUAUUAAAAAAAGUACUACAUACAAACAAUACAAAGAUAACAGUGAAUGAAGGAAAAGUGACUAGAUGAACGUGACUGAGGUAAAAAAAAAAAAAAGCUAAGGGAUUGAGAGAAACUGAGAAAAGGGUGGACUGGAUGUAGCUUUCCUAGUUGUUUAUUAACACUUUUGAUGGCAAAACUGUGGUUGCCUGUGUACACAGAUGAUUGUCCCCAAGACGUCGGACACCUUUGAUGAGACUAACACACUGAGUUAACGCUAAGGUACUAGCAAGAGAAGUCAACCCCCAUUCGGUACCCCCUACCACUCUCAACUCUCUCUCUCUAGCAAGAGAACUUAUACUGCCCAUAGUUUUGGUACAACCUUUCAAACUCCAAACUCUGAACUCUUCAAGUGUCCAUCAUACCCACAAAGGGCAUCCCUAUAUCCCUUCAACUCUUUGGGCUAAGAGGAGCCUCUGCAGUAAAGAAUAGUCUGGGGGAAAGUGAGGACCGUCUUAAAGGGACUACCAUUGGUAGAUUUCGUCAAAUGCCAGUUCAAUCAAUUUACCACGUCAGUUUCUCCAGCAUUUGACUUGUGGACCGUUUUUUUGGUGCUGUUGAGGACAAACCCCACAUGUUUAUACAGUAACCACUGAUAUAGCUCUCUUAGCCUCAGUCACCAAGGAAACUGGGUAAAUGACCACUCUUGCAAGACCAGAGAAAUGACAACCAUGUCCCAUGACUUUUUACGAUCACUCUUCGUUCAGGACUAGAUGUGCCAUGAGUUACUGGUGCAGUGUCCACAUUUUGAAUGGUGAGCUCGGGCGGCCUUUAGGCUACAGAACGAGUGGAAUCACCACAUGAGGUCGGGGCAUGGUGAAUGGUGAAUGGCGGCAACUGGGCUCUCCGCAAACGUGUACAGUGACCAACAACCCAUUGUAAUCAUUUGUUACUUUGUCUUACAAUUACUUGUAUUUCUGUGGUUUUCUGUCGAUACCAAACAUGCUGCUUAUUCUCCUGUAUGCUGUAAGUGUGACUCUUUGGGAUGGGAUGACGAUGGAGGUGCCUGGUCUGGCCGUGGUAGUUCGCGCCCAGGUGGCUGCGACUGAAAGCGCAUCCACAUGUUAUUGUCCCCCCCCCCCCCCACACCAUCUCUCACUAGACAUUUUAGUCCCAAGCUUGACUUAGCGAGAAACUAGUCCUCUUGCAGUUAUGGUACUAAGAGUGGAAGAAAAGUGGUUAAAAGUAGUGAGGAACUGAGUUGAUAACCCAGAGAAAGGUUCCUGUCUUUUCCCUUCCACCUAUAGGCCAAAGGCCAUUGAAGAUGACUGGGGAAGAGGCGGCCAUGUUGGAUUUGGAUGUCGUAAUGAGAAAGUUAUAUCCACUAUACAAAUGACUUGCACAUCACCAAACUUGAAACCUAAACGAUAGCAGGGCCGAUUCUACGCACUAUGUACAUGUGUCUGAUAAAAACAAGCCCUCAAAGCCCCCAAUUUCGUUUUUUCUCAGAGGUCAAUGCUUUGGUAUACCCAGGAGUAUGCUUUUACAUUGGAUUCUGUGAAGGGUUUUCGAUUGGUAUGCACACUAACAGAGUGAUGAAAGGAACUGUGUGUAGUCUUUCUUAUUUCCAAAAAAGCCUUAUUGUUAUUGUAACAUUACGGAAACAUUAAUGUUGUAUUAUGAUGACUAUUGUUAUUUUACUUUACAUAGCUGACUUUUAUUUUAGUUUUUGUUUAGUUUUUUAACAGAGAUAUUGUAUCGCAUUUUUUUUAAAUUAGCCGUAAGAAAUAAAUGCUUAUUUGUUCAUAUUAUGUUAAAAUACAUUCUAUUUUUUCACUGUAGAAAUGUUAAGUAUAACAUGUGUUUGUGUGGAUGUGUACAUAUAUAUUUAUAUAUUGCACAUUCACACAUACAUAUAUAUUUAAAUACAGAAUAUAAAGAUAUACCCAAACUCUUAGUAUGAAUUUAUAUUAUUAUUAUUUUUUUCAUCAACUUUCAAUUGCUCAUGUAAAAUGAUGAUGGAUUUUUGAAUAUUGUUUUUUUUGUAACCAUAAUCAUAACCUUGGGAAAUGUUGUUUGUUUCUCUGGAAACAAUGAGGGGAGGUGUCUAGCCGAGCGUCGCUCCUACAACCCUUUUUAAUUCCUACCACUUGGUAGACCAGUGCCGAUAAGGAGAUGGCAUUUUUAAUUGUUGUUGAAAUUAUUAUUAUCAUUAACAGUAGUUAUUAGUAUUCGUUUGAGUAUUAUUUUCAUAGGUAGUAGAUUAAAUAGCAUACAAAACAUUCAAUUAGAGGCAAACUACAUUAUUACACAUUUUAUGAAUUUGCCAGACUAAAGGUACUGUACUUUUUGACCAUGUACAGACUAUGAUCUCCCUCUUUCUCAGAAGUCCCGUUUUUUCCUCCUUUUUAUUUUGUCUUUAUUUUCAGACACAACAUGAUCAUCCCUUUGUUAGAUAUCAACUAUGAUCCAGAAUAUAAUACC